AGGGCGGGGGAGCUCAAUGGCCGCCACUGACGCUCCAACAUGCCACAGUCCGGAUUACCUACCGCCUUUUCUCCCCGCUUCCACGCUCGGGGGCAUUUUCUUUGGUAACCCGCGUUCUCGCUGAAGACGUUACCGCCCGAGGAUGUUUUUUUAGUCUAGUUUGGCGUGUGCGACACGGACUUUAGCCGCUUGGUUUGUCUGCGAGUGGAGGAUUGAGGCCUAGCCGGCUAACAUGCUAACAAACAUGCUAACUAGCCUUCGCCGGAGUUGAAAGUUCACAGGUAAUAUGUAACGUUAAGCCGCCAACAUGACUUCCAGAUUCGGCAAAACGUACAACCGCAAAGGAGGGGAGGCCAACUCAAAGUUUGAGGAGGUCUUCUCCAACAGAAAGCCCACCCUCACCACCAAAUGGGGGGAGACCACCUACAAGACCCAGCUGGGAGCCAAAAGGCCUCAGCUGAAGUCGGAUGUCGCGGCCGAAUUGUCCAAGAGGCCCCGGCUUGAGGACAGCGACAGCGGGGGGGACGACCCGUUUGGUUUCGACAGCGACGAGGAGUCCAAAAGCAAUGUCGAAGGCGGCGUUGUCGAAGGCGGCGUUGUCGAAGGCGGCGUUGUCGAAGGCGGCGUGGUGGAAACGGCGGCGGUGCCGGGCGCUGCAAACGCGACCGCCGUGGCACCGGCAAGCUCAGCAGCCAUGAUAACAAGCAAAGUAACGGCAGAUGCCAAGCUGGCUGAGAAUAACACGCUGGGGUACAAGUGUGCGCCACAGAGCAACCAGAAAGCUGCCAGCGUGACCUCCGUGUCAAACACAACCUCCUCAGGGACCCAGAGGACCACCUUGUCUUCUACUCCACAAACCUCCGUCACACAUGCCGCUGAAGUACCGCGUGGCAGCACAGACCUCCACGCCUUGCUCACAAAUGAUGCGCCGCGGUCGGAAGAAAGUUCCGAGCCUCCCCCAGAACCCGUGGACCACACCCCCCCUUCCCCUUUUACCAUAAGAGCUUCAAAUUGCAAGAAAUACCAGCGUCCAGGGCGCCCUAACAAGUUGUUUUCAGACCCCGCCGAAAGCGGCGCAGACGCGGCUCCUGAGGUGGCGGAUGUUCCGCACAAUAGUGCCGUUUCUGCCUCCACAAGCAACGCCGCCGCAACAAAGCCGGCGGCCAAGCCAGCAGGGAGGGGUGGCGGGAGAGUGCGGGACUACACCGUUCUACACCCCUCCUGUGUGUCUGUGUGCAACGUCACCAUCCAGGACAGCAUCGAGCGCAGCGUGGAGGAGCUGGUCUCCCCGCUCACACCUGCUGACCUCGGAGAUGUAGGACAGAUGAAGAAGAAGUCAGAUGCUCCCCCACCAAAAGCUACAAGAUUUCGACCUACUCAGGUCAAAGCCAAAAAAACCAAGACCGAGUCAAAGUUGGAGUUCUUUGGCUUCGAGGACACGGAGGCCCAGGACGGUGUGGAGUCUUCGGAAGGGAGCGUGGCGGGGGGGAAGAGCAGCUACAAGAUCAAGUACUUUGGUUUUGACGACCUCAGCGAGAGUGACGACAGCGACGACGACGAGAGCUCGGCCCAGGCCAAGGAGAAGAAAGCCAGGAAGUCUGCAGCGGCGCUGGUGGCUCUGAGCCUCGGCGUGGACAGUCCUCACACCAGUGACUCUCAGGACAGCCAGGCCAGCAGCAAUACAGACAAUUUUGACUUCUCCGAUGACUCCAGUCCGGGGGGCACGGAGGGGCAAAAAGGUCGCUCAGGGAAGCAAAGCGAAAAAUCCAAGGAGCUUGGCGGCGCGCACAAAAAGAUCUUCAGCGGGCCCAAAAAGUCCCCUGCCAAAGCUGUAUACAAUGCCCGACACUGGAACCAGCCUGAGUCCGAAGAGAUUCCCACGCCACCCCUCUCCCGGUCUCAAACUGCCCCGGCUAUCUUAUCCAGCAGCAGCAGCAGCAACAAGGACAGCAACUCCCAUAAAGAUGACGGCUUGUUUAAGGCCCCCCCACCCCCGCCUAAAGUUAUCAAAUCAGAGACCAUCCCCACACGACCCUACCAAGACAUCGUCACGGCUCUCAAAUGCAGGAAGGAGCACAAGGAACUGUACACCGUGGUGCAGCAUGUGAAGCAUUUCAACGACGUGGUGGAGUUUGGAGAAAAUCAAGAGUUCACCGACGACUUCGAGUACUUGGAGACGGGCUUGAAGAGCGGUCAGCAGCUCAACACAAGAUGCCUUAGUAUAAUCAGCCUGGCGGCAAGGUGUGCCAUGCCCAGCUUCAGGAUGCAUCUGCGGGCCAGAGGGAAGGUGGCGCAGGUCUUCAAAAUGCUCAGCGACGCCCCGCAGCACCCAAACCUCGCCCUGUGCACGGCCGCACUCAUGUACAUUCUGAGCCGCGACCGGCUCAACAUGGACCUGGACCGGGCCUGCCUGGAGCUGAUGAUCAAGCUUCUGGAGCUCGACCAGGACUACUCAGCCCACCAGGACCAGCUCACGGCCAAGGAAGUGGAAAAGGUCAAGGAGAAGAUCAGAAAGCUGUGCGAGACGGUGCACAACAAACAUCUCGACCUGGAAAACAUCACGACGGGCCACCUCGCUAUGGAGACGCUGCUUUCCCUGACUUCCAAAAGAGCAGGUGACUGGUUCAAAGAAGAGCUGAGGCUGCUGGGAGGUUUGGACCACGUGGUAGACAAAGUGAAAGAGUGCGCACAGAACCUGAGCCAAGAGGACGACAAGGAGAACCUGGUAGCAUCUUUAUGGGGCGCUGAAAGAUGCCUGAGAGUACUUGAAAGUGUGACCGUGCAGAACCCAGAAAACCAGAGUUACUUGAUUGCCUACAAGGACUCGCAGCUCAUAGUCUCCUCUGCCAGAGCGCUGUGCUACUGCGAGGACAUGAUCCAGCGGUACAGCAGGGCGAUGAACAACAGCUCCUUGGCAGCGCCGUCAUCAUCCUUGCCGCACUGUAGCUUCAGCAACGUGGGCAAGCCAGUGGAGGACUGCAUGAGGGCCAUCAUCGGAGUGCUGCUCAACCUCACACACGACAAUGAGUGGGGAAGCACAAAGACUGGCGAGCAGGAUCAACUCAUCGUAACGGCUCUCAAUUGCGUUCUCCGGGUACCUCGCUACAUCCCGCCAGAGCAGCGCUUUGACAUACGAGUCCUGGGUCUUGGCCUGCUCAUCAAUCUAGUGGAGUACAGCUCCAGAAACCGCCACUGUCUGGUAGACAUGGAGUACAAUUUUGACGACUUCUGCCUGGAAGACAGCCUGACGCUGCCUGCCGACACUGCGGUCUCUGUGGAGACUCAGGAAGACGGAGCGGAGAAGCCCAAGGCCUCUGGAGCUUUGGCUGCCCUGGUCAAGCUCUUCCUGGAAAGAGAGCGCGCCGCCAUCCAGGCCGAGGCCAAGACCGACGACCUCAUCAGCGAGGCGCCCAAGCCGCAGGACCAGAGCGGCGAGUGGAAGGAGACCAUGGGGGAGAUCCAGUGGGUGGCGGCCGAAAACAACGAGAACCAGCCUGAGCAAGAGAAUCCAAAGAAGGAGGAGGAGGAAGAAGAGUUGGACCUAAAUAAAGCUUUGCAGCACGCAGGCAAGCACAUGGAGGACAGCAUAGUGGCCUCCUACACCGCCCUGCUGCUGGGAUGUCUCUGCCAAGGCAGCCAGCUCAAUGUGACUACUGUGAGAGACAACCUCCCCAGUGGAGAUUUCUCCAUCAUGACGGAGAUGCUGAAGAAGUUCUUGAAUUUCAUGAACCUGACUUGUUCCGUGGGCACCACAGGACAGAAGUCCAUCACUCGGGUCAUCGAGUACCUGGAGCACCUCUAACACACGCCCGGCCAGGCUCCGCCCACCCACGGAUUGCGCGCGGACGGGACGCCGAGCAGGCGGCGGCUGGCGAUCGCCCGACAAGGAGGCGCGUCGGCGGCGGGGUUUCCCCUCGGCCCCGCCCUCCGACCGCACCCGGUGCCGCCCACCACGACGGUACAAGUUUGAAGAACCAAAGCUUGGCGGCACGCAGCGUGACCCCGCCCACCGGCGAAUGAAAUCACACGGACACUUCCUGUUGUCAGCGAGGCCAGGAGUGAAUGAGUGAAUUAAUGUCAUAGGAACUUUUGUCUUCUUUUCUCCUUUUGAAUGAAAUAUUGUGUGACUUUCUUUGGUGGCUUGCAUAUUUACUUAGUUGAUCACUCAUAACUUAGUUUGACUUUACAACAAUCAUGUCUUUUAUUCUAUUUCAUUUCAUGCGCUGCUGUACAACCCUGCAUAAUAAUAAUAAUAAUGAUGAUGUGUGCAGGUUCCUCCUGGAUGUCACGCCAUUAAUAACCACCACAUAUUUAUAUCACCUCCCACAGUCAUGCCCGUCUAGGCGAGUCCAUCAACUUGCUGUCAAUCACCUGCGCUCCACAGGAGUUGUAAAUAUUGUACAUAGGUGCUGAUGGACAUUUAGACUACUUUCUCCUCCCCUUUGACUCCCAGCAGGAAGCUGAUAUAUUAAUUUUAUACAAGUUGUCACUGGGGAAUGACACACACCAGGAUGUGCAGUGAGGGGGAAAUGACGUGUUUGUACCUGUUUCAAUGUACAUAGUUGUAUUCUGGAAAAAGUACCAAAAAAAAAUGCUACUUUGAACACUU